ACAGGCUGCCGUAGAUGGACUGCUUCUGUUUUUGUUGAUACUUUCCAUUAUCAGCUGACCGCCCGCUGAGACGAUGUUCUGCUGCGAACAAACCCAACCUGUCGGUCUAAAGGUGUCCGUCCAGCAGCACCUUUCAGGAAAUAAUCACAUUAAUUUUUAGAGGAGCGCCGCUUGUAAACGACCGUUAGCCAGUUAGCAGCUUUAGCUGCUAGCUAACAGGCAGCUUCAUCAGCCGAUGUUUGGGGAAGUCAUGGAGGGGAUUUUAUACAAGUGGACUAAUUACAUGACGGGCUGGCAGCCUCGCUGGUUUGUCCUGGAAGAUGGGGUCAUCUCGUACUACGACAGCGAGGAUGACGUUGGUAAAGGCAGCAAAGGAUCCAUCAAGAUGUCUGUCUGUGACAUUAAAGUUCAUCCCACUGACUCCACUCGCCUGGAACUGAUUAUUCCCGGCGAGCAGCAUUUCUACGUGCGAGCCGUCAAUGCAGCAGAGCGACAGAGGUGGCUGGUGGCUUUGGGUUCUUCAAAAGCUGGGACUCUGGAAAGCCACAAACACAGAGGCUCUGACUGCCUGAAAACCAAGAUGUCUGAACUUCGUUUGUACUGCGACCUCCUCGUCCAGCAGGUCCAGACGAUCCAGGCUCAACACACUGCAGAUAUAGAGACCCCGCCCACUUCAGAGGCCUCCCUGCUCAGUGCCACCUGUGAGACGUUCAUCAGGACUUUGGAGGAAUGCAUGAGCCUGGCCAACCAGAGUUUGACCCCUGACAUCCGACCCCCCGAAAGGAUGAAGCGGUCCAUCAGCCACCCUGGAACGUACAGCUUUGACAGGUCAGGUUUGCUAAAGGAGUACAUGAGUGGAGGUCAGAGGUCAGAUCAGCGCAGACAUCGGACAUCCUCAGACAGCUGUGUCUACGAGACCGAAUGUUUGCUUCCUGCUCUGAAUGGCGACUCGUCCUCCAUCCCUGAGGAGCGGGGAGGCAGCAGCGUGAGCCCAAAGACCACGCCGACAGACACAGACACCGAUCUGUCCAUCUGACCUCCUAACCUGGACUAAAGGUCCGACUGGCUGCCGUUCAACAGGAAGAGCUGAAAACUUUCUGCCAGGGCUUCCUUCACUCUCUCUUUCAGACUCUUAAAUCUCUGCAGCUGAGCUGUGGUGCUUUAAAACUCUCAGAUCAGCAGAGAGCCACACAGAGGAAAUGCUGUCCUGUUUUGGUAGAACACAGCUGAUGAAAUAAAGCAUCCUGAAGGCACAAUGUGAAGAUGAUUGAACAGCACCUGCUGCUUUCUGGAUGGAAAAUAAUGCAGAUGUUUGUUGUGAGGUUUUAUUGGCUCUGAUUUGUGUUUUGGUGGUUUCCCGGGUCCUCCUGAAAACGGAACCGCCAUCUUUCUUCUGUCUUAGAGAAGUUCCUCAUGUUGAGCCGAUUUGUGGAUCCAUUCCACCAGACGGA